UGAUAAACUUAUUAAAUAGAUUGUGAAUGGGUGGCAGAGGAAGAGGAUUGAGAAAAGACUCUAAAAUAGGCGAGCCUCCCGGCAGAAGACGUUGGACUGACGCAGUUUCACAAACUGCUUUGAGCUGGGCUCCUGCCUCCGUUUGGAAGGAAAAUGCAAAUAAAGAACAAUGUAGCUACUCAUUGUUUCCGAUGACUGGCUAUGUGAGUGAUCCAAAUUACAAUAUGGAGUCCAUUUUUGGCGCUUUGCGAUGGGCUGGGGAAAGAUCGUCAGUGGAGACUCAAACAGUCUUUGAUAAAAUACCGAAAGAGCGAAGAGAGCAAGUGUUCAAAAUUGAUUUUAGCAAGUUAAUCACACGCGAGGAUUUGAAGCACCUUUCAGACGUGGAGUCCGACGAAAACGACGAGAGCGAGCUGUCAGAAUCUCCUGAAAUAUUUAAUCCAGUUUGGGAAUUUUUAACCAAAAAGAAACCAGCCUGCAACACGAUAAAUUUGGAAAAAUUACCGACGAAGAACGAUAUUUAUUCGUCAGAUGAAAAAAUUGCCAUUAAUGACGACUUCGAGUCAUUUCAGGUCUUAUCGACGAAACAUUUAGACGAAUUGGACAAACUUUCAAAGGGAAUGCAAUCUUCUGAGAAAAAGAGGCCUUUCACACUUAAUUUGACCAAAGCCUCCAACAUGAUCAACCAGCAUCUUAAUGGAUCAACAUCUGCCACAUCCAACAUUAGUUUCAACAGCAAUUGCUUUCCGCAUCAGAUGUCAAGAGCGCCAUCAAAUCAAGAAAUGGAGCAAGGCUUUAUACCCAAAAAACAAUCCGAGGAAACGCUUUCUGCAAAGUUCAAAAAAAUCGAUCUGUGCGAGAAAUCAAGCAUAGUUAAUCCAAGUAACAUUUCAUCUGAAACGGAAAAACAAUCAAAGUCGACAAAUAUAUCUGAGUUAUUUCGACAACCAUUCAAAUUUGAAAUUGAGAAAAGCAGCGCGCAGUCAAAAUAUCUCACUGAAACAUCUGUGGCAUCCCAAGACAAUCCAGUGCAAGAAAGAGUCCCCGAACGAACAACAAGUGAGAAUACCAACAAAUCAGUCGACCAUAAGAGCGAACAAUUGAUGAAAGCAAAGGAAAGAUUGCAGCUGAUAACCAAACAGAACGAAACGUUGGUACAACAACUUGCCAGUCAACAGAGGCUUUUGGGGGUGUUGUCAACCGGUCUCGUGACCCAAAAUCAGCCAAGGCAUCCAAUAUUCCAGCAGCAUCAGAUGACCUUGCCGCCUCCGCAGCAGUUCUAUGGCCUUCAACAGCCUCAUUUUGCUACUCCACAAUUUCCUCAGCACGGCAAUUUCAGGCAGUAUCCGAAUGCAUCGGCCAUGCAGAACUUGCAACAUCAUUCAUCCAACCAAACAAUUCCAAUGCUAACUGACAUAAAUACCCAACCAAGUCAUAAUUCGUUGCCACCACCUCAGAUUAUGGCAAUGAUGGCUGCAGCUCAUGCUUCUGGACAUCGGCUCCAGCGUUCAUCAAACACGCCGCCAAUGAUGACCGGAUAUAACCCAAACCCCGCCUUCAAUAUGCAGCAAUAUCCGCAUAAUCCGUAUUUUCAGCCAUAGUGAAACUGUUUUGGUUAUGAAAACUGCAAGUAAACUGAAUUAUUUUCGAGGUUUGCAUUACCCGGAAGUCUUGUUUCUGUGAAAUAAUUUCUCAGCUGCUGAUUUAUGGAUGUGUACUUGGUUUCGAUUGUUUAAUGAAUUUUGUGUUUCAAUGACCACGAAUUGAAACUACUCUCUAUAA